AACAGCUAAAGCGAAAGCACGGUGCUCUAUUAUCUACCGCAAUGGACAUCUCGCCCAAGGUCAGCGACUUCAGCGAACUCUCCUCACCUUCCGCUCCUGUCCCCACUCCACUCCCCUCUGCACCCUACAAGGAAUCAUGGCAGACUCGAGAGCACCGUUCCUGUCUACCAGGACGUCUACAAAUUCUGCUCCGCUCCUGGAUGGUGACGCGCUGGUCAUUGUCUCGUCGUGUCUUCUCCGUGCCAGUCCCUACUCACGACCCGCAUCGACGUCAAAAAAGGAGACUUGGUGCUCACACUACCGAUUGUCGUGACCCUCGUGGUUGUCAACGCUAUUUUAGCAGGUUCUAGAUCCGUCGGAGGGUCCGGGACGAUCGCCACAUUAGGCCUAUUACUGGUCUUCUUCUUCGCUAUAAGGAACAACGUGUUGCUAUUGGAACUCACCGGAAUCUCCUUCGAGAGAGCGCUAUUCUACCACAAGCUAUUCGCC